ACUUUAAUGUCGAUAACGACAAUUUUUCCUUCCCAAGGAAAGAAAAGAGUUGAAACGUAUACUUCAGCCAUGGAAACAGAUAAGAGAAAAACAAUAUACAAAAGUAAACAAAAUAUAAAAAAGUGAUUUCUUGAGCUUUCUCUCUCAAUUAUUUAGUAACCAAACCAUAAAAGUGUUCCAUUCCCUAUCUUAUUCUACCUGUCGAGCGAGAGAGAAGAUUAAUUGCGUGCUUUGUUCGGUUCUUACAGAGAAUUCUCUCUUUUUCCAUUUCCAAGACAAUGGUUUCUGCCAACAGGGAAAUGGCCGUCUAUUGCUUUGAUACUCUCGUAGCUCACUACAACAGCGAGCAAGCUCCUUCUCCUGCCUUUGACGAGGGCGAACACCCACUUUUUGUCACUUGGAAGAAAAUGGUCAAUGGUGGUGAGCCUCGUUUACGUGGAUGUAUUGGAACACUAGAAGCUCGACGCUUGAUUAAUGGGUUUAGGGACUAUGCUUUAACCAGUGCUUUGAAGGAUCGCAGAUUUCCUCCAAUACAGCCUAAAGAAUUGCCUUCUCUGGAAUGUACUGUUUCAAUUCUGACUGAUUAUGAAAUUGCUAACAAUUAUCUUGAUUGGGAGAUUGGAAAGCAUGGUUUAAUUAUUGAGUUUGUUGAUCCUAAUAACAAUGCAAGGCGAAGUGCCACAUACUUACCUGAAGUGGCUGCCCAUGAAGGUUGGACAAAAUUGGAGGCAAUUGAAUCAUUGAUGCGUAAAGCAGGCUAUGGUGGCCACAUCACUGAGUCACUUCUGAAGUCUAUAAGAUUGACUCGUUACCAGAGCACGAUAUUUACUAUGACCUACGGUGAUUACGUCUCUUAUGUCAAGGCAACCAGGGGUGCAGCUCCGACUAUUACUGGGGCUAAGCCCAGCAACCAUUGAUAUCCAGACAAGCUUUUGCUUAACCAGCCAAGCUUGUUUGUCUAAACCAAAGAAUUAUUUCAAAAGGAUUUCUGGGUUGGAAUGGAUUUAUUCCUGUUCCACUGGAUUUAUUCCUGUUCCACCCAAACUGCUUCAGUAAUUGUUAUGACCUGUCAAUAUCAUUUAUGGGUUGGAAUGGAUUUAUUCCUGUUCCACCCAAACUGCUUCAGUAAUUGUUAUGACCUGUCAAUAUCAUUCUUCAAAUUCAUUUGAUUUUGAAGAAAGAAUCAGAAACACACCUAACGGUGAACUCAUGUUUCUGUGGGAUUAUCAUACAACAUUCACAUGCAGCAGUUCCUCUGUGGAAGCUUCCGUCGUUUGAACUCAUAUCAAGUUAGAAAUCUGAAAUUAUCCAGUGUGCGUUCGUGUACCCUAACAUUCUUAUGUUUUUAUUUAAAACUUCAUCUAUAUCUUGUUUGCAAGUAAUUAAUCAUUUGCAUGAGUAUUCAAUGAUCGGCCCUUUUCUUUGCUAAAACUAGGAGUCAAAGGGAGGGUGUCCCUUUUAUUUAUUUAUUUAUUUAUUUUUGAUGA